GUUACAACCAGAUGAGUGCAGCAGGGAAGGCUCAAGUGCGUGUGGACACAUAGAGAUCCUCUAGGAGAGUUUAUUACAACUAAUUUGAGAGAGAAAGAAAAAACUGGAAUACCUGGAUCCUCACUGACUUGUCUAUGCUAAAUUUUAUUGAGUGUGUUGCUAUUAAUUUGAGGGAAUAGUUUGUUUCUUAAUUUUAUUCUAAAAUUUAUUCCAUAGAGACAAAAACAGUCCAGAAGUUUGCAUGGAAUGUUUUUAAUAGAUAUGUCUCAUGCCAGAUGAGGAACUGAUUUUAACCAAUUUUUCUCACAUACGACUGUGAAAUACAGUCUGUUCAGGACAAUGGCAUCUUUCUUCUCCUCUGACUGUGAGUGCUCGAACUGCUUGGACAGCGCUCACAAUGAUUCUGACUGUAAUCCUUGUUUCAACAAGAGCGAUGAUAGUGACUCUCUAGGUUCAAGAUCAAGGACAAAAUCCAAGGCUUCUGGCAUGAAGUGCUUUCCUUCUGCGUGUUGUCCCACCAGGUCAGAGAAUGACAACAGGAAAGAGACCGCGUUUCCUUCCUCGGAGGAGGAAAGGUGUGCGGAGGCUUCUCAAGACAAUCAUUUCAGUAUGAACCCAGAGGGCAUUAAAAAGAAAAUCCGACAGAUUAGAGAGCUGACGGUUGAAGAGUUAGUGAAGGAGUUUGGGGAUAACUGGAAGUUUCAACCCAACGCCAUGUCUUUGGGCCACUUUAGGGACCAGGUGGUGAUGAAGUUCAGAAGAGCUCUGUAUUAUUCUGGAAUAUGGGUGGCACAUGUCCAAGGCUACAGACUUGAGAAGCACUUUUCAGCUAACUAUUUCAAGAGAAACCCUGGUGGCCUACAGCGGCUGGUCCCCUGGCUGAAACGGGAGCUAACGGCUGUGUACGGAGAUUAUGGCUACACAGUGAAGAACAUCCUAAGCACCAUUCUCCGUCACAUGACAGAAUAUGACCUGGACAGUGAGUCCUUUAUUCACCUCCUGGAACCAUAUCUCCAGCAACACACCCACCAUUUUCUGCAUGAAUUUAUCAGUUUUGUUAAUUCACCUUAUAACAUGGAGACUUAUGACCAACGAGCCAUCUACCAAUGUUCUGCUUCACCAUGGGCCCAAAAGAAGUUUGCUCCUGUUUUGCCUUUACCUCAGGAUGAGGCUCUACUGGCAUCUCAACAUGAUACAAGGCCAUCCAGGAAUACCAGUGGCCCAUGGAAUAGUGAGCAGAUGCCUCUGUCAGGCCUGAAACAGUUCCCAAACGGUAACCCUUUUUUGGAGGGAUCUGAAAUCCCACCAGUCCAUCAUAAAACAGCAUGCAAAAUCCAUGCUUGGAUCAGAGAUGAACCAGAAUCCGGUGAUCAUAACGGCACCAUUUCUACUAAUGACAUGCUCCUGAACUGGGCCAUACCAGGGGAAAGGGGCCCAGUCUUACAGAACUGCAAACAAAAUGUUCAAGAGAGGAAGAUGAAAGGGAUCAAGGUGCUUCCUUAUCAUGUCCAGGGCCUGGGAGAGGGUGAAAUAGCUACAGACACCUUCAGUCCCCCAGCAGUUUUUAAUCAGGGGAAGCAAUGGAAACACAGUCUAAGAGGAAGAAAGGCUUUACGCCCUGGCCAGCAUAUGGAUGAUCAGAAAAAAGAAGCAGAAAAAAACAAAUACUCAGAUUCUUCCCCAAAGAUCUUUCAAAGACGAUUGCCCAGAGAAAGAUCCUUAAGUUGCAAAUCCAGAAAGAGGGACCCCUCUUGGAGUUGCAUUUCAGAAAAUGCCCGGUCUUCUGAGAGAUAUGCUAGGAAGCUGAGCUCUUCUAGAAAAAAGAGGAUGAAGUGCAGACAGUGCUCCCAAUUUGCAGAAGUUGGUUCACACUCCAGUAGAAGACUCCAAAGACAAUCCAGGUCUAGUACGCGCAGAUCCAAAUCUUGGUGCGUCACACUUACAAAGAGAUCGGUCAGCAGAGAAUCAAGAAGGCACUCCCGGAGAGGAAGCUACAGAAGUGAACGUUUCCCCCAUAAUAUAGGCUGUGAGCCCUCCAAAGACAAGCAUGGCUAUGAAUCAAACCAUCUGAGGGCAUAUUCAACCACAGCCCCAUACAUGAAUCUUCCUCCAGCUGCUGGGAGGAAGCCCAAGUGUUCUUCUAAAAGCGAAGGCGCUUCGCAAGCUGGGAGCCACUGUAACAGUCCCUCCUGCCUACAGAUUGAGAAACACAGAUCCCCAAGUAAACAAGAGAUGAAGCAAAAACCCACCUUUCCCAGAGGCAGCAAAACCAGAACAGUUAGGAAGAAAAACAACAAAUGCGAGUAUCCAGAUAUGCAAACCACCGAGGAAGUCAGUGAUGAAGUGGCGGAUCUGAACGCUCUGAGGCAAGUGAGUCAUCUUUCUGAGGGUGUACCUUCCUGCAGGAGGCAAAUCCAAAAGAAAAAGAGUCGGAACCUUCAGAAGCAUCACCAGGCAGAGAAUGAACAGGGAGGAGACACAGUAUCAGAGACACAGAGGGGCAAGUAGUUCCGAAAAGCAAAUCAGCCUACUCCACUAAUCUCCAAGGGGCUUUGAGAGUACAAAUAUAAUCUAAAAAGAUGAUUAAAAAGAUUCAUCCCAUCACUUUGUAACUGGAAAUAAAAACCUGAUUAUUAAAUUCAA